UUCGCCCCCUCCCGGUUGCGCGUCUCCUAGCCCGACGCGCCCGCUGGAGUCACGUGACUGCCUCAUCCGGGUCCUUUGCGUUCUCUCUCCCUCUCCCAACAUGGCGGCCUCAGCAAAAAAGAAGAAUAAGAAGGGGAAGACUAUCUCCCUAACAGACUUUCUGGCUGAGGAUGGGGGGACUGGAGGAGGAAGCACUUAUGUCCCCAAACCAGUGAGUUGGGCUGAUGAAACAGAUGACCUGGAAGGAGAUGUUUCAACCACUUGGCACAGUAACGAUGAUGACGUGUAUAGGGCACCUCCAAUUGACCGUUCCAUCCUUCCCACUGCUCCACGGGCUGCUCGGGAACCCAAUAUUGACCGGAGCCGUCUUCCCAAGUCACCACCCUACACUGCUUUUCUAGGGAACCUGCCCUAUGAUGUGACAGAAGACUCCAUUAAGGAAUUCUUUAGAGGGUUAAAUAUCAGUGCAGUGCGUUUACCACGUGAACCCAGCAAUCCAGAGAGGUUGAAAGGUUUUGGUUAUGCUGAGUUUGAGGACCUGGAUUCCCUGCUCAGUGCCCUGAGUCUCAAUGAAGAGUCUCUAGGUAACAGGAGAAUUCGAGUGGACGUUGCUGAUCAAGCACAGGAUAAAGACAGGGAUGAUCGCUCUUUUGGCCGAGACAGAAAUCGAGAUUCUGACAAAACAGAUACAGACUGGAGAGCCCGUCCUGCCACAGACAGCUUUGACGACUACCCACCUAGAAGAGGUGAUGAUAGCUUUGGAGACAAGUAUCGAGAUCGUUAUGAUUCAGACCGGUACCGGGAUGGGUACCGGGAUGGCCCACGCCGGGAUAUGGAUCGAUAUGGGGGUCGGGAUCGCUAUGAUGACCGAGGCAGCAGAGACUAUGAUAGAGGCUAUGAUUCCAGGAUAGGCAGUGGCAGAAGAGCAUUUGGUAGUGGGUACCGUAGGGAUGACGACUACAGAGGAGGUGGGGACCGCUAUGAAGACCGAUACGACAGACGGGAUGAUCGGUCAUGGAGUUCCAGAGAUGAUUACUCUCGGGAUGAUUAUAGACGUGAUGAUAGAGGUCCCCCCCAAAGACCCAAACUGAAUCUAAAGCCUCGGAGUACUCCUAAGGAAGAUGAUUCCUCUGCUAGCACCUCCCAGUCCAGUCGAGCGGCUUCUAUCUUUGGAGGGGCAAAGCCUGUUGACACAGCUGCUAGAGAAAGAGAAGUAGAAGAACGGCUACAGAAGGAACAAGAGAAAUUGCAGCGUCAGCUGGAUGAGCCAAAACUAGAACGACGGCCUCGGGAGAGACACCCAAGCUGGCGAAGUGAAGAAACUCAGGAACGGGAACGGUCAAGGACAGGAAGUGAGUCAUCGCAGACUGGGACCUCAGCCACAUCUGGCAGAAGUAAGUCAGACCAGGAUGCACGAAGGAGAGAGAGUGAGAAGUCUCUAGAAAAUGAAACACUCACUAAGGAGGAAGACUGUCACUCUCCAACUUCUAAACCUCCCAAACCUGAUCAACCUCUAAAGGUAAUGCCAGCCCCUCCACCAAAGGAGAAUGCUUGGGUGAAGCGAAGUUCUAACCCUCCUGCUCGAUCUCAGAGCUCAGACACAGAGCAGCAGUCCCCUACAAGUGGUGGUGGAAAAGUAGCUCCAGCUCAAUCAUCUGAGGAAGGACCAGCAAGGAAAGAUGAAAAUAAAGUAGAUGGGAUGAGUGUCCCAAAAGGCCAAACUGGGAACAUCAGCCGUGGUCCAGGAGAUGGAGGGAACAGAGACCACUGGAAGGAGUCAGAUAGGAAAGAUGGCAAAAAGGAUCAAGACUCCAGAUCUGCACCUGAGCCAAAGAAAUCUGAAGAAAAUCCAGCCUCCAAGUUCAGUUCUGCAAGCAAGUACGCUGCUCUCUCCGUUGAUGGUGAAGACGAAAAUGAGGGGGAAGAUUACACCGAAUAGACCUCUACAUCCUGUGCUUUCUCCAAGUCUCUCUCCAUCCUGGAACAUUCGAGAGCAAAUCAAACCUCUAUCCAGACAAGACAAAAUAAAACUCACCAUCUCCUGGAGACCUUUCUUAACUUUUUUUUUUUAAUGAAAUGAAAUUCUUUUGCAUGCUGCUGCAGCCUUUUAAAGUAUUGAAGUAACUGGAGAAUCGUCAAUGUAGCCAGAGAAGAAAGAGAGUACAGCUUCUUAAUGGAAAAGUUGUGGUGCAUUUUCAUGACACCAUGCAGUUGCCUGUGUGAUUAGUGCCUAGGGGCCUCCAUUUAGCAGAAAUGGUAAUGACAGUGAUACAACGUCUGGAAUCUGUUUGGGCAGUAGGAGAAGUAUAAGGAAGAGUGCGAGGUUUCUACCUUUUGAUUAUUCUUAUCCUAUUGUGGCAAAUAUGAAUUCUCAAACAUUAUCUGAAUAAAUUUUCCAUCUUUGGAAAGGUAGAUUUAGUCUCUCAAGUUGUUUUAGUCUCCAGGAGGCUGCCAGCCCCUCCUCCUAUUUAAGUCUGAGUUAUUGGGGCCAGCCUAGGGGGAAUUCCUUCAUUUUUUUACCCCCCAGGGGGGUAGUUGGGAGUGAGACUACAGGCCGCUAAAGAAUAGGACUGCUUGGGGACCAAAAUAAAUGAGAAAAUCGUGGUUUGAAAAGAGGCUUUUGGGAGUCAAUUCUUUUGUACCAGGUAAUAGGGGAAAAUGGUGUGACCUCAAAUAAACACAUGAAUGGUAAUUUCCUGGAGCAGGAAGCACUUAGGGUCGUGGGAAUUCCCAAUCUUUAGAGUGUCCUGGUUUUACCCUUCCCAAACACUAUCCUUGCCAAAAGUUCAAAUAUAUCCACAAUCUGUUGAAACCUUGAACCUUUAAAAAUUUAGACUCCUGUCAUUGUCUUAUGUUCUUCAUGUUACUCUUACCUCCCAAAAAGCAAUCUAUUUAAGUUGUCACAUACCUGAUCUCUUAGGCAUUUUAUAUCAGCCACUGGGAGCUGUGGAAUGAGAAAUCAGUGCUUUUCUCAGGCAAAUCAGCUAGCUCCUUGAUGGCUCUUGACACUCACUCCUUCCCUCCAUUCGUGCCUGCUCCUGCUGCUUUGACUCCCUUUAUAGAUCAGAAUACUCUCAAGUUGAUCGUCUUGUGUGUUGAAUAAGGUUGGAUAAGUAGGGACAGUUAAAUUGGGAGCUUUCUUACACCCUUGAUUGGAUUUCUUUUGUUUAUUUUUUUAUAGUUUUUUUCUCCACUUAAAUCCCACACCAGUGCUUGGAUCUGUAAUGUGUCCUAGACCAAUAUGUGGUGGUGGUUUUUGUUUUGUUUUUAAGCUUCCCUUGAGAGAAUAAGCAAUAAUGGAGAGAACUAUUUAACAAGGUCCUGGUUUCUUCUGUAACACAGUAGCUUAACUUGCCUGCUUUUAUAUGCAUCUUUGUAAGGGUCAACUUGGUAGAUGGUAUCCUUCCCCAUCGUAGGCAGUAUUGGUACCUGCAGAGAAGUGACACCGUGUUCUCUUGUUUGCAAGCCCAUUUCCCCAGCAGUCCUAGGUUAGACUCUAUCCAGCCAUUCAAGGAAUGUGGGUUUGUGUGUGCUGCAGCAGUGGGCAUAAUGAAUCAUUUACCCAGUGGUCAAAAGGUAUACCAAGUGAAUUAACUUUAAAUAAUUGGCAUGGGUGGCUAGUAGCUAGGAAGUGGGCUUUUAGAGAGAAAUAUCCAAGGUUGAAAGGGGUUUCUUAUAAACCAUUGGUUGUAGAUAAAAGGUAGGGUUUGCCCUCUUCAUGUCUACUCCUUCCAAAUAGUUUAUUCAAAACAGCUGUUUUGUCCCACUCCCUUACUUUGCCCUCCUGUUAAAAUAGUAACAAGGAUUGAUUUAUGUCCCGCUCCUGAAUACGUGUAAAAUUUGUACAAAAAUAUCUUCUAUGAAAAUGAUUUGUAAUCUGUAGACUUAAUAUCUGGGAGAUGUCUUGAGAUGUAAAAUCCCAUCCUUUGGGUUGUGGGUUUUUUGUUUUCUCCAAAUAAAUCUGAUCUUUAAAGUUCA